AGGAGCAUCGCUCAGAAGGGGGCGCCGCGGACCAGAUGUCUGCGAGGGAGCUGAGACUCUCCCCGGCCCCACGCCGAGGGCGACGGUAACGCUGCAGAACCGGCGGGAGCGACUCGCCGCCGCCGCUCCCCGCGCUCUCGGAGACCCCGGCGCCCGCCUUCAGGGGGAGCGACCAUGGCUGUAGCUUGUGACUUGCUCCCGGGGCACUUCCCCUAGAAAGAAAUCCUCGAAAAAGUUGCAUUGGAAAAAAUCCUUGCGCCGACCUUUGAAGCUGUGGGCGCCGAAGGAGCGUGCGUGCGAGUGCGAGCACGAAAGCGAAAGGUGUGUGUGCAUGGGGGGCCGGCGGUGGGGGGAUCCUCCGCUGCCCCUGCGCCUAGCCUAGUGCUGAGGCUCCGGCCCUCGACCGCCACCCUGGGCCCCGGGGGCUGCGAUGAGCCCCUGCGGGCGGGCCCGGCGACACACGUCCAGAGGGGCCAUGGCCGUCUUGGCGUGGAAGUUCCCGCGGACCCGGCUGCCGGUGGGAGCCAGUGCCCUCUGCGUCGUGGUCCUCUGUUGGCUCUACAUCUUUCCCGUCUACCGACUGCCCAACGAGAAGGAGAUUGUGCAGGGGGUGCUGCAACAAGGCACGGCGUGGAGGAGGAACCAGACGGCGGCCAGAGUCUUCAGGAAACAGAUGGAAGACUGCUGUGACCCCGCCCAUCUCUUUGCUAUGACUAAAAUGAAUUCCCCCAUGGGGAAGAGCAUGUGGUACGAUGGGGAGUUUUUAUACUCAUUCACCAUUGACAAUUCAACUUAUUCUCUCUUCCCCCAGGCAACCCCAUUCCAGCUGCCCUUGAAGAAGUGCGCGGUGGUGGGAAAUGGUGGGAUUCUGAAGAAGAGUGACUGUGGCCGUCAAAUAGAUGAAGCAAAUUUUGUCAUGCGAUGCAAUCUUCCUCCUUUGUCAAGUGAAUACACUAAGGAUGUUGGAUCCAAAAGUCAUUUAGUGACGGCUAACCCCAGCAUAAUUCGGCAAAGGUUUCAGAACCUGCUAUGGUCCAGAAAGACGUUUGUGGACCACAUGAAAGUGUAUAACCACAGUUACAUCUACAUGCCUGCCUUUUCUAUGAAGACGGGAACAGAGCCAUCCCUCCGGGUUUAUUACACACUGUCAGAUGUUGGUGCCAAUCAAACAGUGCUCUUUGCCAACCCCAACUUUCUGCGUAGCAUUGGGAAGUUCUGGAAAAGUAGGGGAAUUCAUGCCAAGCGCCUGUCCACAGGACUCUUUCUGGUGAGCGCGGCCCUGGGCCUCUGUGAAGAGGUGGCCAUCUAUGGCUUCUGGCCCUUCUCUGUGAAUAUGCAUGAACAACCCAUCAGCCACCACUACUAUGAUAAUGUCCUGCCCUUUUCUGGCUUCCAUGCCAUGCCGGAGGAAUUUCUCCAACUCUGGUAUCUUCAUAAAAUUGGUGCACUGAGAAUGCAGUUAGACCCAUGUGAGGACACCUCACUGCCACCCACUUCCUAGGGACUGUGGAAAAAGAAAGGACUGAGCCAGGGUAUUUUUGUUAGGUUUUCUACGUGACUCCAAUAGGGAAUGGUCAGGUCGUUUCAUGGAUUUGCGUGGGCCACUUGGAAAAAACGACAACAAAAACUCAAGGGGAACUCUACUUUUACUGUUGGCUGGAAGGAAAAAAAAGAAGUGAAAUGUCCUAUGAAAUCUUUUAUAGCACAUGGUGGAUAUGCAACUAGUAACAUGCUGAUGAAAUGAUGUUGGUAAAGCACACUUUCAUGCUUCAAAUAGAGAUGACCCAGUUCACAAACAAGACAAAACUCUUAAUGGUUGAAGCUGAGGAAUUAAUCAAGGUAUAGUAAAUGAAAUGCCGGGAUAAAAGUGUUAGUGAUUAUCAACAUGAACUGGCUUAAUUAAAAGAAAACUAUCUUAUUAAGACUAACAUUAGAGCUAUAGGUUUUUAAAAAAUUAUUAUUUAUUUUUGCCUUAUUUAAAGGCAGUGAGUAGGUGAUGGGGUAGAUUUUAAAAAUCCCUUACUGAAUAAUAUGGACCCAAAAUGCUACAGCUGAUUAUUGUGAUGUGUUGAACCAAGUCUAUGUUAACUAGAGUUCCCUUCCCUUCCAUUUAAAAAACGUUAAGUAAGAAUGACCUCCUCCCCUUUUGUCAGGUCUACUUAGACGAUGUGAAGCAUUGUUGAAUUUAGUCUGGGUUGAUUCAUUGUCAGGAUGAAGAGCCACUUUCCCUCCUCAGAAUUUAGGGCAUAAACUCAAUUUUAGGUGUGCAUUAUGUAACCUGUUUGCAUUAUUAUUAUUUUAGUGCCCCAAACCGCAAAUGUGAGUGCAUUAUUUAUUUGCAAAUUGGCAGAAUUGUCUUCAUAAUUUAAUGUUUGGAGAUGAAGUAAAGCACAAUGACAUAAAGCUUAGUCUCUGGAAGAUAGAUCGGAAGGCAUAUCCUUUUCUAUCUACCAUGGUAUGUUCCCUCCAAGAUAAAGAAUAUGCAUGCACACAUAAAAGAAUGCAUAUAUUUGUGUACCCUCAUACAUAGUCUCUCACACACACACUGUUAAACAAAGCUCAUUCCUGUGUGAUCAUGAAAGCCGAACCCACAUGACCUGGGAUGGCAAAAAUCUGUAACUGGUGUUGGAGAGCUACAAAUGCAUUAGGUACUACCUACUACACCUUGAUAGGAGAGAAGCCAGCUUACUGCAUGCUGCUGUAAUGCUCAAACCAGUAUGAGAUGCAAGCCUUACCCCCAAAUCACUCCAAAUGAGCAGAAUUGAUUUAGUCAAUGUGACUCUUCCCAGCAUCUCAUGAGUAAGUGCUGUGUUAAGCAUGGUCAUCAAGGCAUGGUUCACACCAGUAAAGGGAUGUGAAUUAGUAGCUGUUUAUUCCCUUAGUAACAGGUAGGACUGCUUAGAAGGCUUGUUACCUCAACUUCGACACAACUGCACACAAACUCUGUUGACAGAUUACAAGCAGUCAGAUGUGUUUACAUAUAAGAGAAAGGGAAAAGAAACCUCACAUGGUCUUUGGGCUUUGGGAUGCCUUAAUCUAAAAGGAGACAGUAGAAAUCACUAAUUUUACUUUUAAGUGUCACCAAAAUGUAGGUAAACUGUACCCAAAAGUUCUGCUUCAUUUUUAAAGGUAGAGACUUGGUAUACAAUAUAGACUAAAACAGUUAAACAGGUGGCAGUUUUUGGUGGGUUAAUUUAAAAGAUACCAAGAUAACAAAGCCCUUGGAAAAAUUCUACAUCACUGGAAUAGCCAAUUUCUAAAGAUGAUUGAAUAUUGAGAUUAUUAUAGAGAUCAGCAGUUAAAAUACAGCUGGUUGACAUAACACAGAGUCUGUUGAUACUUAGAAAGUUAAGAAUUUGAGAGUAUUGAUUCUCUGCAGAUCUCAUUUGCUCUUUUGAUCCUAUUUGGCAGCAAAAAUGUAAUGAGAAUGUACUAUGAGGGAGUUGCAUUAAAUAUUCACUGUGUGUACAACCCUGAAUAUAUUUCCUCUUUUGAGCUAUUGUUAUUACUUAAUAACUACCUUAAAAAGAAAUAUAUUUUUAGGUAUAUGUUUCAUCAAAAUAUAAAAGGCCUAACAAAAAACGUACGUAAAAGUUAAUAAAAUAUGUAUCACUCAGAUUAGUGCUUUAAGUAUUAAAACUGUUCAGGUGUAACUAAUGAGCCCCAUAGAACUCACGUGUCACAGUUCCAUUGGAGACGCCUUCUGGAAAUUUUACAUCUUAUGAUUCCUGGGCUAUGUUUAUGCAAUAGAUUUGUACGGUGGUUAGUCUAUACAUUUGGGGUUUCUCAAAGGCAACACAGAAAUGGCCCAAAUCGAUAAAGUGUCAUUAGAUCAGGGCUUCUUAAUGGGGUGAUUCCCCUCCCCCAUCUGCUGACACUUGGCAAUGUCUGGAGACAUUUUUUUUUUUAAUUUUUAUUUAUUUAUGGCUGUAUUGGGUCUUCGUUUCUGUGCGAGGGCUUUCUCUAGUUGCAGCAAGUGGGGGCCACUCUUCAUCGCGGUGUGCGGGCCUCUCGCUAUCGCGGCCUCUCUUGUUGCGGAGCGCAGGCUCCAGACGCGUAGGCUCAGUAAUUGUGGCUCACGGGCCUAGCUGCUCCGCGGCAUGUGGGGUCUUCCCAGACCAGGGCUCGAACCCGUGUCCCCUGCAUUGGCAGGCAGAUUCUCAACCACUGCGCCACCAGGGAAGCCCUGGAGACAUUUUUGAUUGUCAUGAUUUGGAGGGUGCUGCCAGCGUCGAGUGGCUAGAGACCCGGGAUCCUGCUAAACAUCCUACAGUGCACGGAGCAGCGCACCCUGCCCCCCCAGCAAAGAAUUCCCCACUUGAAAAUGCCAAUAGUGCCAAGGUUGAGAAACCCUGGAUUAGACCAAAGUGAUAUUUUGAUUGUUCCAUAUUGUCUUCAGUUAAGGGUACACAUACAUGCUCGCAUACUCAAAGCAGGACUACAAUUUAAUGAGAAUGUUUUCUUAGAGUAGGUUACAGUUUGGCAUUAUUUUAUAGUGAUAAUCCUUAGGUAUGGCAUACAUAUUCCCUUUUCUGUGGUUAGAUAGAUGUAUCUAAACCUAGGAGUUUUGAGUGUCUGUGUGUGUGUACGUGUGUGUAGCAUAAAGUUAUAUAUACCCAUCCUUAUGGAAAUAUGUGUUUUCCUAAGUGAGGAUCUUUCUAGAAUUAUCUUUCAGAGUACUCUGGCAUACUCUAUCACUCUUAAGAAGUUGAAUUCUUUUUUAUUUUUUUCAUCUUUAUUGGAGUAUAAUUGCUUUACAAUGUUGUGUUAGUUUCUGCUGUAUAACAAAAUGAAUCAGCUAUACGUAUACAUAUAUCUCCAUAUCUCCUCGCUCUUGCGUCUCCCUCCCAUCCUCUCUAUCCCACCCCUCUAGGUCAUCACAAAGCACCGAGCUGAUCUCCCUGUGCUGUGCAGCUGCUUCCCACUAGCUAUCUAUUUUACAGUUGGUAGUGUACAUAUGUCAGUGCUACUCUCUCACUUUGUCCCAGCUUCCCCUCCCAACCCCCUCCAUGUCCUCAGGUCUGUUCUCUAUGUCUGUGUCUUUAUUCCUGCCCUGCCACUAGGUUCAUCAGUACCAUAUUUUUAGAUUCCAUAUAUAUGCAUUAGCAUACUGUAUUUGUUUUUCUCUUUCUGACUUACUUCACUCUGUAUGACAGACUCUAAGUCCAUCCACCUCACCACAAAUAACUCAAUUUCAUUCCUUUUCAUGGCUGAGUAAUAUUCCAUUGUAUAUAUGUGCCACAUCAAGAAGUUGAAUUUAAACUCCCAUUAUUUUAUUUUGUUUAUUUGAAAUUGAGACCUUCAGCAUUGGACCUCUUUCUUUGUCAAAUUUUGUUGAUUACAUUUUAAUAUUACUGACCUUUAAGAUGCAGCUCAGAAGAGAUUCAAGUUAUGGCAGACACAUUUAAUACGAAAGUAUUUCAUCAUUUUUGAUGCAUCUGCCAAGAGAAGGUGUUACCCUCUGACAUCAGUGUAAUUUUUAAAUUGCUUUUCAGUGACAAAAAUUAGGUUGCUCCAUGGGGAUAAAAGAGGGGUUGAAGAGACUGAAAAUGAGUACCUGAUGCGAAUUUUUGUUUUUAUUAGCUGCAACUGGAGAAUUGCACUGAUGUUAAGGAUCAUGAGUAAGGAUGACCUCUGUUUGAUUUUAAUUAGACUUUGGUCAAAUAAAGAUGGCUAAAGGAUUAAGUCAUUCCAUAACAAAAGUAAUUUUUUAUGAAAUUUUGGAAGUAUGAAAGAUUUGAAAGAUUUUUUAUGAAAUUUUGAAAGUAUGAAAGAUUUUUAUAUGGAAGAGGACACUGGACACAUAUGCUUUAUAUAGAGUAUUUGACCAAGUUUAUACAACAUUGUGCAUCUAAACUGUAAGUAACACAGGAAGUUAAGGAGUGCUUCCUGGAUUUUGUUUCUAUAGAAUUCACUUUUAGCUAUUUUAACAAGGGCAAAUGAUCCAAUGAUCCAAAGUGACAGAUGUUCAAACAGUACUCUGUGUUUGGCUUUGUGAUGUUUUAUGCCCUUUUCUGGGGUAAAAACCUUGUUUAGGUUAAAUAUAACUUGUACCUGAAGCAAUGGGCAGCAUGGCUUAAAUAUCUACAUGGAAAAUAACUGGGAAAAUCCUAGGACUCUGAAUUUGCCAAAAGUAUUCUGAGGUUAGUCAAAAGAUUUACAGGAAUGUUACAGAUAAUUUCAAAUAGAAAUGAUAUCAGUAACAUUUCUUCUUGGCAACUAUGGUAGGUUGUAAUUUUAUUCUAUACCACUUCCUAUUUCUCUGUUUUGAAAAUCAGCCACCUAGAGUUUUCAUUUCUAUGUUUAAAAAUACCGACUUUGUGAAAUUUUUAACUGAUAAAUCCUUGUUAGGAGGGACCUAAGAGGAAAAAAAUAUCACAGUCCACUGAAAGCUUCAGGAAAUUCUUACUGUGUUGUAUAAAAACUUUCCCACCAGAACCGGGUAAUAACUGCUUUCUGUCUGUAGCGUUUCAAAGAUCAAGAGCUAUAAGGAUGUUUGUGGGAACUUGAGGAUGAGCAUGUAGAGGAAUAAAUGUUGAGAACAAUACUGCACUUUUUUUUUUUUUUUUUUUUUUUUUGCGGUACGCUCUCGUUGCAGAGCACAGGCUCCGGACGCGCAGGCUCAGCGGCCAUGGCUUGCAGGCUCAGUGGCCAUGGCUCACGGGCCCAGCUGCUCCGCGGCAUGUGGGAUCUUCCCAGACCGGGGCACGAACCCGUGUCCCCUGCAUCGGCAGGCGGACUCUCAACCACUGCGCCACCAGGGAAGCCCCAAUACUGUGCUUUUUAUUUCUUCAUCUUCCCAGUGUAGAGGUCUCCUCUGCGAUGAUCUGAUUUUAGUGGGCACACAGCAGGGAUGGAAGUGUGCAGACAACUCCGGGGCACCUGCAGCAUAGGUCAAGCCUCUUACAAAGUGAGCAGUAACAACAACUAAACACAAGGAGCAAUUUUGACAGCUUCAGUGAAUUGAGUGCUGGGACAAGGAAGAGGCAAGUCGAAAGGAAGAACAACACCACAGUCCCCACGCUUUCCGGAUACAAAGGGUCAGAGAAGUCUCUGCCCUUGGCCUUGGCUUUCCAGCACUCUCUAUCUCUGUCCACUACCAAGGAAGCUGGCCUGGCUCCGGGGUCGAGCUAGUAGCCUUGAGACUGGAGAGUUGGUGUGGAAAUUUGCUGAGAUGCUUAAACUUGUGCUCUCUAAAUUUGGGUGUCUUGUGACAGAAUUCGGGUCAUCCCUGACCUGAUUAUGGCUUUGCCAGUGUUUAUUAAAAAUAGAGCUUUUUUUCUCUACUCUGAUGCAUUUUCUGAGUUCUUGAAGCUGGGAAGAUAGCACAUAUCCUACUAGUUCUCUAGUAGCCUAGAGAAAGUUCUGUAGCCUCUUUGAAAACCCUGGAGACUCCUCCAAAGGCAUCCUGAAGCCUAGACGGUCUGUUUAUAAAAUCCUAAAUGUGAAGCCACGGUGUUUAGGUUGAGCAUCGUAAAAUUCCUGUUCUGUAAGUGAAAGGAGAUUUGUGUGAAUCUGCAAUUGCUAUACCUUUUUCCUUCCUAGCAUAAGAAAAUGGAUACUACUGGCUUUGCCCCCAGCCUAGGCUUCUCUGGAGUUUUUACCUACAUUCUAGGGGUGAGAGAUUGAAAUAAAUACAGGAAUGGAAAGUUCAUUCAAACAUAACACAAAAAUUCUGCUUGUCAUUGCAAUAAAGAAAAAAUAUAUGCUUCUGUCUCCUUCUUCUGAUUUUCUGGUGCCAGCAUUUCUGAUUUCUUCCAUCUCUAACAAAUAAGGAGUAAAUAACUUACUAUAAAUUGACUUACAAUACCUGUGAGCAUUUGUAUGAUAGCCAAAGCCCAUAACUAUAACUUUUUAAAGCACAAAAGAGGAAUUAUAUUUUGGUUAUGGUCACUAAUUUACCUACCUCCUGUGUUUGUAUUGAUCUCUACAUUGUGCUAAAAUUCUUUCUGAUUUGCUUUCCUAUUGAAGCUGUGGGAUAGAAUCAAUGAUACAAAGCUAUCUGGGAGUUUUAUAGAAUAGUAUCUAAAUAUAUUGAUCAUGUCUCUUUCUGCUUCUGUGUAAUUAGAUUUUCUCCAGUUAUUUGUCAUUUUAAAAGCUUAUGUUUCACAUGAUACCAAUAAACAUCUAAGAGAUGUGAUUUUUAUCCAGGGCAGAGAAAGUCAGGAGAGAGAUAUGUCUGUUUUUCUCUACAUAGGAAGAGAAAUGGAAAAUUAUAAUCUUAAAAAAGAGGUUUAACCAAAAUGAAAAAGAUACAGAUAAAAAUCAGGGCUUUAAUGGAGAGGGGCCACUGGGAAGGAUCUUAGUGUGCAGCAAAGAGAGAGCACAGAGGCUGCUGUCCUUGUGUCAGCCUCAAGAACCUUUUCAAAA